AAACCAAGUACGAGUAAAAGUUAAACUAAACAAUAACACACUCUCUUUUCAUUUGUUCAUUCACCAAACUGUCCUUAUAAAAUCCAAAACUCAACAACAAAGUUUAAACAUAGUAAUUCACCUACAAAUUCUCUCUCUCUCUCUCUCUCUCUCUCUCUCCAACAACUUCAUCUUUCUUCUCUUUCUUAAACUCCUCCAUGGACGCUCUCAACUUCUUCAAGUUCUGGAAAAACAAUACUACUACCACCACCUGCAACAUCACUGUUCCUCAUCUUGUUGUAGAAACAGACACUGAAUCAGAUGAAGAUGACUCCUUCUUUGACUUAGAACUCACCAUGAAUGAUUUCGACAACAAAGAAAACAACACCAACAAAACCAACGACAACCCACAAACCAAAACUCAAAAAACAUCAAGCAUUACCUACGAAAAAACUCAACUUGAUAAUGUUCCGCAAAAAACAACGUUUCCUUUGUCUCCUAACGAACCAAUUUCGAAAAGAAAAGUUCUUCCAAUUGAACCCAUUUCGAAACCUCAAUCACCCAUUUCUCUACUAAGAUCAGCGCCGAGUUUCAGAAUCUUCACGUUCAGAAAACAGAGAAGAACUGGUUCUGAAAAAACAGAGGAACUUAGAAAAACAGAGUGUGAAAAGAAUCAAAGAAAAGAAACCAAAGUAUUUUCUGUGAAACUAAACAUUGAAGAUUUUCAUUCUACACCAACGCUUAGUAGAGUUAACAGCACGAGAAACUUUGGUAUCAAAAAUCAGAAUCAUGAAACAGAGGAACCAAAACCAGAGCGAGUUUCUAAGGAGAUUUUGCAGAAAUAUUUGAAGCUGAUUAAGCCUCUUUAUGUUAAGGUAUCAAAGAGGUAUAGUGAUAAGGUGAAAUUCUCCGGCGAUGGUAUGACGGUGAAUGCUUCACCGUCGUCGUCACCGGCUGUGGGUUCUGUUGGUUUGAGGAAAGAGAAACAGGGUAGUUUUCCGACGGGGAUGAAAGUGGUUUCUAAACAUUUGGGUAAGAGUAGGUCGUCGGGCACGGUUGCCGGAGUUGGUUCUCCGGCGAAUAGGAGUGAUGAUACGCUGCUUCAACAGCAUGAUGGAAUUCAAAGUGCAAUUCUUCACUGUAAAAGAUCGUUUAACUCAAGAGAUUGUUCAAUGGGUGUUUCUGUGGAUGGAUCAAUGUCUUCAACGAGAAGUUCAUUUGAAGAUGAAGUGUGAUGAUGAAUGAAUGUGUUAAGAAGAAGAGAAAAAUGAAAAUGUUUGAUUUUGUUAUUAGUAGUAUUUGUAAAGGAAAUGAAAUUAGGUUAAUGAAAUUAGAUUAGGAGUGAAGGUGAUUAGUGAGUGUGAUGAUAGGUUUUCUGUGCUGGUCACAGACUCAGUGUGUAAAUUGAUGGGGCAUAUGAUGAAAAGAAUCUAAUUUUCAGAUGA